CAUUUCUGUCAUGUAUCGAAAUACAGCUACCAAAAGUAGUUAUUUGUUUGGAACACGUGUUUACAUUCUAUUCUCUUGUAAUUAAUUCAUAUCAAUAAAAAGAUUCGACAAGUCAAAUCCUACAGUAUAAUUCGACUAGACAAGGAUGUCAAAACCUGUAGUAUUUGUGACAAGCAACCCAAAGAAACUGGAGGAAUUCACUGCUAUUUUAGGACAGAAGUAUUCUCAGCGAAUAACGAACAUGAACCUUUAUCUACCCGAAUAUCAGGGCGAGAUAAAUGAGGUAUGUCGAAAGAAAUGUCAAACCGCAGCGCAAAUGUUAAAUGGUCCAGCAAUCAUCGAGGACACGUCUCUCUGCUUUAAUGCGAUGAAGGGUCUUCCAGGACCUUACAUCAAAUGGUUCCUCGAAAGACUCGGUCCCGAGGGUCUCUACAAAAUGUUAGACGGAUGGGAAGACAAAUCCGCAGAAGCGGUUUGCACGUUUGCCUAUUGUUCUGGAACUGACGCCAGAGUCUUUAUAUUUCAAGGUCGAACUCAGGGUACCAUCGUAAGUCCACGAGGUCCUCGAGAAUUCGGCUGGGAUCCCUGCUUUCAACCACGAGGCUAUGAUCAGACCUACGCGGAAUUACCAAGCGAUGUCAAGAAUCAAAUUUCUCAUCGCUAUAAGGCGCUGGAGAUAUUUAAAGAUUUUCUUAUAAACAAUAUAAUUUAAUUUUUAUUGAUUUUAUAUAAUCAAAUUACCAUUUCUCUCAUAUGAUUAUUAUCGUUUCAUUUUCAAGUUUCUUCUGUGUAGUG